GCCGUUGGAACAACGAUUGAUUCAUGGUGGUGUCACAACAAAGGAAAGGACCAUUGUCUGUCAGGGCAUGGCCAUGCAGUGAGGUGCCGCAUGCAUCGCGGACCCUGGAUGCACACACGAUCCGAAAAAGUACCACAGCCUCACUGCCUGCCUCGAUUGGUGCAAACACAGCACCAUAGCCUAGGUAGGCAUCACGCAGGCAUAGCGAUCACCUUCUCCCAGCUGCACUGCUGCCGCUGGCAGCCGACUUGGCUCCCCCGCCUCCCCCCCGAGCAGCGGGUCUGUCAAGCGAGCCGGCGCCCUUCAUGCCGGCCAUCCGGUGCAUGUCCUUGGCGCUCUGCUUGUCCUUCUGAGCCCACGCCGCCGUCCAGUCCGUCGUGUCGACGUCCGUGAGGUGCGUGUGCUUGGUGCGACCCGUGUGGCCCCAUUGACCUAAUGUGAAGUGCAGUGCACACACAUCACGUCCGCACAAUUACAUGAUAGAGCACAUGGAUGGAUGGAUGGAUGGAUGAGUGUGUGUGUGACGCCUGUCAGGACCUCUUCUCAGCUGCAUGGGCUUGGGCAGCAGGUUCUUGUCGACAGUGUCGUCACUGCACACAGACGGACGGACGGACACAGACAGAACAAACAAACGGGGGUACACAACACACAGGGGCUUCCUUCUUUGUCUGUCUGUUGUGCUGUGUGUGUAUGUUGUGCAGGCAGGUUGGCUUACGCGGUGGGCGCCUGGAAGUCCCUGAGGUAGAGCUCCUCUUCACCCUUCUGUGCCUUGUCCAUGAAGAACGCACCCUAUCAGACAGACACACAGACAGACAAGCCGGCAUAGACAGAGAGGGAGGGAGGGUACGUGGCGUAUGUGUGUGUGGUUGGUUGGUUGGUUACCCUACCUACCUUGUGGUAGUAUUUCUGCAUGAAUGUGAAUUUGUGUUUCUUCUCCUGUCGGGGUGCGAGUGCGUCGAGUCGCUUGUCGUCCUCCAGCCGCUCCUCCUCAGUCAUGUUGCGCCGACGCUCCACCUCGGCCAACUGCACACGCAUACAAUACACCCAACACACACAUGUAGUUAUUGUGGCGUGUGUUGUGUUGUCGGUGACGUCACUCACGCACCUCUUUGGCCCUCUCUUCGCGCUCCUCCUUGUCCCGUUUGAUGCGUCGCAGCUCUCGUAUCCGCCACAUCUCAUACUGACACACAGAAAACAAACAGGCAUGCACCGCACCCACACACCCGAUAAGCACACACGGCGGUUGCCUGCGUAUGUGUGUAUAAUGUGUAUUAGCCACCUCACCUCCUCCUGUUCGUUGUCCUCAUCGUUGUCGUCGGGCAUCUCCUGCAGGCAGGAAAACCAGACAGACCAAACCACAGCAGCGAGCGCACGUGCAUUGGCAUACACCUGGGAUUUGUUUGGCUGGCUGCGCGUCUGUGGCGUCCGUCGUGUUGGUUGGUAGGCAGGUACCUACCUGGUCCGAGAGUUCGUGUUCAGCCUUGGCUGAUGCGGCCAUCUCCUCCUCACGACGAAUCUGCAGCCACACAGGCAGGCAGGCAGCCAUGAACCUUGAGGUGGUGGUGGAUAGAUAGAUCGUGAGAUGCGUCCCGUGUCAAUGUGUGUGGAGUGCUGGACGGACGCACUGACGUACCGUUUCGACGAGCAUGUGCUUGCUCUCCCUCUGCCUGUCCACAAGCUGCACACACCCACACACACCAAGCACCACGCACCAAAAGCCGGCCGGUGAGCAAUCAAUGCAGCAAUGAAGGGUUCUUCUCCCUCCGUCAUUUGCUGGCUCCCUACCUUUUGUCUGUGCUCCUCCUCUCGCGCGAUCUCCUCAGCCUGCAUCAACACACCAAACACAAGAACCGCCACAGACAGACAGGCAGUCACAUGACGCCAAACGCGCCAAUGCCGGCGUAGGUACCUCAAGCAAUUCUCUUUCUCUGACGGUUUCCCUUUUCUUCUUUGGGACGAAGACGGGUUUGUGUCUGGCGUUUAGCUGGCGCUCUGCCUCUGAGUCAGUCUCGUACUCGCUCUCCUCAUCCUCCUCGUCAUCGUCCUCAGCCUCCGCCGCCAUCGCCUCCUCCUCCUCCUUGCGACGCUGACGGACGGACGGACGGAUGCCAUCCCACACAGACAGACAGACAGACAGGCAUGGCGGUGGAUGACAUUUCUGCACAGGUACCUGCAGAGCGGCCUGUCUGAUCCGCUCGCGCCGCAUCUCUAUCUCCUUGUCCUCGUCAAUGGCCUCCCUGUCCUCAUCCGCCUUACCCUCAGCCCCCGAACUGAUGACGACCGCCUCGGCCUGCCUCUCACGCCUGCUGCUGGCGGCGGGGGCCUUGUCGAGGCUGAUGGGCUCGUCGGCGGUGCUGAGCACGGCCGCCUCGCGGAUCUGACGGUGACGGGCGAGGCGGUCUUGGGCGCCCGACCCGCCCUCCUCACGCUCAGCUGCACCACACAGACACAGAGAGCCGAGGUAUCAGUAUCAGAAAACGAGACAUCGACAAAUGGGUGUGUUGUGGUGCAUGAAGGAGCAGGUGUGACCUUGUUUGGCGGCGAGGAGCCGCUGCAGUCUCCUGUCGGAUGUGUCGGCGGGCUGGGGAGCAGCGGAGGGGACGUCGUCCUCAUCCUCGUCGCCCUCGUCUUCGCCGCGACCCUCCGCCCACUUGGGCGCCUGACUCACAUACACACACACACCGCACCAUGCACCAGAGGCUCCCUCCUUGCGUGUAUGUGUGUGGGUCUCUCUGCCUAUCCAUGUGCAGGCGAGGCACCUUGCCGGGGAAGUAUCUGGCGACUCCUUUGGAUGGAUCAUACUUUGGCUUGGCUGCUGACAGCGGGUCAGCGCCGCGGAACAGAAUGCUGUGGGGAUCUGCCGCACCUGUCAGAUGACACAGACAAUCAACACAGACAGACAACCAUGUGCGCACAAAGUGAAUCAACGACACACAGCGUGAGCGUGUUCCUCCUCGACAUACUCAUCGUGGAUGCGUCGGUUUCCUCUUCCCUUUCCUUCUCCUCCC